AUGCUCUCAAAGCUCGCGGGAAAAUCACUCUGCACAGCCCGUUCCUCCGUUUCUUCCCUUGCUCGUGAAUCUAUUGCUGCCCACAGUAACCCUGCACGAAACAUCUUCUUCUCACUACCGCACCAGUCUCCCCCUGAACAUCAGCAUCCUAUGCAGCCCUGGCACACCAUGACACAUUCACGUAAACUAUCAUCUUUCCCCCCGUUAUCAACUUCCACCUUUAAGGCUCAGGCAAAUGACUUUUUGUCCUUCGUUAAUGCAUCUCCGACCCCCUUCCAUGCCGUUGCUUCGGCAUCCAAGCGUCUGGUAGACGCUGGAUUCAAGGAGGUGAAGGAGAGAGAUUCCUGGUCAUCCACCUGCAAGCCUGGUGGAAAGUACUAUGUGACCCGCAACGGUUCCACCAUCAUUGCUUUUGCAAUUGGCCAAAAAUGGAAACCCGGAAACUCCAUUUCCAUGAUUGGUGCCCAUACCGACUCUCCAUGCCUGAGAAUUAAGCCAGUCUCGAAAAGGACUGCUGAUGGCUUCGUCCAAGUUGGUGUGGAGACGUACGGUGGCGGUCUCUGGCAUACAUGGUUUGAUCGCGACUUGGGCGUCGCUGGCAGAGUCAUGGUGAGAAAUGCAGACGAAUCAAUCGAGGCAAAAUUGGUCCACAUUAAUCGACCAAUUCUACGCAUACCCACACUUGCAAUUCAUCUUGAACGGCAAGAGACAUUCUCCUUUAACAAGGAGACCCAUUUAUUUCCCAUUGCCGGCUUGGUCGCUGCAGAAUUAGCCAGGAAAGACAAAGAUCCAAAGGCCAAAGAGUAUCUAGAAAUUCGAUCCAAAGAAAAAAAAAACAACGGCAACAGCGGAAACAACGGAAACGACGCGGCCUCCAACGCCACAUUCUCCCCCCUCAAACCAACCAUGGAACGUCACCACCCCUUCCUCAUCGAGCUAAUCGCCUCUGAACUCUCUACCACACCUCAUGAUAUAGUUGACUUCGAGCUUCUCCUCUACGACACCCAAAAAGCCUGCCUAGGCGGCCUGCUAGACGAAUUCAUCUUCUCCGCCCGCCUCGAUAACCUCAACAUGUCCUUCUGCGCCAUUAUGGGCCUCAUAAACUCCCUCGCACAGCCAGGCGCACUGGACAAAGAAUCCUCCAUCCGCCUCGUCGCCCUCUUCGACGACGAGGAAAUAGGCAGCCGUACCGCACAGGGCGCAUUCUCCAACAUCCUCACCGCAAUCCUGCAUCGCCUAUCCGUUCUCCCCGCAGAAACAUCAGCAUCCGCAAAGGCACCACCACCAGACCUCUCGACUGCCUACGAGCAAUCUCUCUCAACUUCCUUCCUGGUCUCCGCGGACAUGGCACACUCCGUACACCCCAACUACUCCGUAAAAUACGAAUCGGACCACAAGCCCGAAAUGAACAAGGGUCCCGUCAUCAAAAUCAACGCCAACGCUUUCUACGCCACAAACUCACCCGGCAUCGUCAUUCUGCAGGAAUCCGCACGACUGGCCGGCAAGAACCACCACGACGACCAGGCGGGGUCCACCUCGGCAACAUCACCAUCGUCUGAAACACCGUUGGAAGGCGUCCCGUUACAGCUAUUCGUCGUCCGCAAUGACUCGAGUUCCGGCAGCACCAUUGGACCUAUGCUCUCUGCGUCGCUUGGGGUGAGGACAGUGGAUUUGGGGAAUCCGCAGUUGAGUAUGCAUAGUAUUCGGGAGAUGGGGGGGUCGAAUGAUGUGGGUUAUGCGAUUCGGUUGUUUGAGAGCUAUUUUGAGCACUAUACGGAGUUGGCGGGGAAAAUUUUGGUUGGUUGA